AUGGCUGUCGUAGCUGUCCGGAAUCAGUCUCAGGGGCGAACUCAUGCACCAUGUAUAAAUGAAUCAAGUUCUAUUCAAUAUCAAGCAUCUGAUGACGACCAUCAGCCAUUAGCUUGUCAAUAUUGUGAGCAAAUAGAAACGUCAAAAGAUGCAUUAGAUCAACAUUCAGCUGCAUGUGCAAAGAAAACUGAUGAAUGUCCGAGAUGUCGAAAGUUUGUAGCACGAGGUAUUUUCGUCACUCAUUAUGCAAAUAAUUGCGAGGAUUCAAAAGGGUCAAAUGCAUCUACACCUCAGCCCCCUCCAACUCCACGCAAACGAUCAUCGUUGCAGAGGAGCGCUAGUAGUGCAUCGCAGCAAACUCGUCCAGUGGCGCGUGACCUUCAUAGUCGAGACAGCAUUAUUCGUAUCCCAUGCCAGUUUUGCAACGAAGCCGUUGAACUACCCAUGUGGUCUACACAUGUCCAAGAUUGCCGCGAGAAAGAAAAUCGCCGAGGAACACAUUCCGCUCAAUCAAGCCGUCGAAAUUCCAUGUCUAUAGACGCACCGCCGAGGCGAUCAACACCUGCCAACAACGAGCAUCCAACGAAGCCUACGGCUGCACCCAGAUCAGGAAGCGUCGGUAGAUCUAACUCAGCUUUAUCACUAAAUAGUUCUUAUCAAACGAAUAGUGGACGCCGUACACCCUCGGUACGUACCAAUCACUCUUCAUCGUUCUCGAGCAAUGAAAAUACUCAAAAAAUCGAACAGUCGAAACCACGUGGAAACUCGCUUGUUCCUGCUCGUAGAUCCCCUUCACCGCGGCCACCUAUGAGUGAUGAUUCUAAAUCAAAAGCAACAAAAUUUUCGAAGAAUGCUUCUCCAAAUGAAUUAACAUCUAAACAAACAUCAAGCCAACAUUUGAGUCGUAUUCAAUCAUUGCCACGUUCAAACUCACCGAGUAAACCUUCUCGACCAAGAGCGUCUAGUGAGUACAACUCUUUUCUUCGCUAUCUCAUUACACAUAUCGCAGGCAAUUCUUCUGUAAGUCGACAAUCAGUCUCAAGCGGCAAGGACAACGGAAGAGGUGGUUCUAAUCCAAGUCAGAGCAAAGCCUCGAAAUCAUUAGCUACACCCGAUGCGUUUUCAAGUUCUAAUACUAAUCCACAGGUAGAUUAUUGCGUAUAA